AUGGAAAUCUCUGGAGACCCAAGAAAGACUGUGGCUGUAGGGUGCAAACAAACCUGGAAGUGGUCCACCAUGAGGGCCAGCAUCUUUUUGCUCCUGUGUUUCGUUGGGUUCAGCCACGAGGCCAAAGAGAAGAUCACUAAUGGCACAGAGUGCAUUCCUCACUCUCAGCCUUGGCAGGUGGGGCUGUUUGAGGGCACCCGUCUGCGCUGUGGGGGGGUCCUCAUUGACCGCAGGUGGGUUCUCACGGCUGCUCACUGCAGCGGCAGUAGGUACUGGGUGCGCCUGGGGGAACACAGCCUGAGCAAACUGGACUGGACAGAACAGAUCCGACGCAGUGGCCUCUCGGUGACCCACCCCAGCUACCGAGGCAACCUGGGGAACCAUGACAAUGACCUCCGGCUUCUGCGACUGGGCACCCCUGUCCGGCUGACCACCAGCGUCCAGCCCCUGCCCUUGCCCACGACCUGUGCAACAGCUGGCACCGAGUGCCACAUCUCAGGCUGGGGCACCACCAACCACCCAUGGAGCCCGUUCCCAGACCGCCUCCAGUGCCUCAGCCUCUCCAUCGUCUCCAAUGCCACCUGCCGGGCAGUGUUCCCGGGGAGAAUCACUGACAACAUGGUGUGUGCUGGCGGCGAAGCUGGGGAGGAUGCCUGCCAGGGUGACUCCGGGGGUCCCCUGGUGUGUGGCGGGGUCCUUCAGGGUCUGGUGUCCUGGGGAUCCGUGGGGCCUUGCGGACAAGAAGGCAUCCCAGGGGUCUACACCAAUAUUUGCAAAUACGUGGACUGGAUCCAGACAGUCAUGAGGAGCAACUGA